AUGAAUUCCAAUAUAUCUUUAAACUUACCAGUGUUCUACGUUUCUGCUAAAACAGGGUAAAAUGUGCAGAAGUGUUUUAACAAAAUAUUUCAAUCAUUGACUCCUUAGAAAACUAUUAUUUAGUAAAAGACAUAGAAAAAUAAGAGUUGUUGGGGAUUUCUUUGUUCUUGCUGA